AUGACAACAUCACAAAGUUGUAGUUCUAUUACAACUAUUGAACAACCGUAUGGUAAUGUAACAACACGAUGUAUACCUGGUUGGCAUCGUCGUCCAUUACCUGAUAUUGCUAUACCUUUCAAUUCUGAUAAAGGAAAACAUUUAUUUCGUGAAGCACUUCUUACUGAUGGUUUACAUGGAUAUUUUAGUUUAGCAGAAACAUUUCAUACACAAGCUGAACCUUCAUAUUGUGGUCCUGGAACACUUUCAAUGGUAUUAAAUAGUUUAAAUAUUGAUCCUGGUCAUAUAUGGAAAGGUAAUUGGCGUUUUUUUGAUGAAAAUACAUUACGUACAUGUGAUAAACGUAAAUCAAAAGAUAAUCCAUUAGAAAAUAUUUUAGAACAAGGUAUUACAUUUGAAGAAUUUCUUUAUCUAACUGAAUGUAAUGGUGCUUCAAUAAUUCCAUAUCUUGCUUCAAAUACAACACUUGAACAAUUUCGUUCAGCUAUACUUGUUGCUUGUACCCGUCGUUUAGAUGAUAUUCGUCUUGUAUGUUGUUAUAAUCGUAGUACACUUCAACAAACAGGUACAGGACAUUUUUCACCAAUAGCUGGAUAUCAUUUACAAGAAGAUCUUGUACUUAUACUUGAUGUUGCAAGAUUUAAAUAUCCAUCACAUUGGAUAUCUAUUGAAUUACUUUGGCAAUCAAUGUGUACAAUUGAUUCAACAACAGGAAAAUCUCGUGGUUUUUAUUUAAUAUCGAAAUGGUCAAAUGAUUUUUCUAUACAAUGUAAUAUGAAUAAUUGUAAUGAAACUGAUGAACAAAAUUUAUCAAUUAAUAAAUUAUUUUGUUCACCAGAAGAAAGUCUUUCAUUAUUUAUUAAUAAUAAACUUCUUUCAAUUAUUGAUUUAAAUUCAUCAAUUGAAACAAUAAUUAUAACUAUUUUACAAUCAAUAACAUUUAAUGUUGUACAAUUAAUAACAAAAUGGACAUUUGAUAUAAUGCAAAAAUAUCGUUUAAAUGCUGUAAUGAAUUCUAAAUGUAUACAAGAAUGUAAUUGUAGAAAUUUUUUUGAAUUAUAUCCA